AUGAAUAACGGAUUGAACCAGCUGUUUCGUUCGAACCCGCCAUUCUUACGCAUUUCCGCUGUCUAUUUCAGUCAGACGUCGAGGAUGGCCGGCAAAAAGGUGCUGAAUUACGACAACAUCAACCCCAAUGUGAAGAGCAUGGAGUACGCGGUCCGCGGGCCGAUCGUCAUCCGCGCCGUGGAGCUGGAAAAGGAGUUGGCUCAGGUGGGGAUUUUUGUUUCUUUUUGUUGCGAAUUUAGGUAUUAACUCGAAGAUUUAUGAAUGGAUUGGCUUGAAAUUUUGCGUAGAUCACCUGGAAGGACCAUUUUUUAAUCUUUUUUUUUUUAGUUGGAAAUAUUCAAGUUAAGCUGAGAUAUAUGAAGUUUUCGGUUGGCUGGUAGUAGUAUAAUAUAAAAAAUUGUUUUGAAGUGAAAAUGGAUUUAAAAUGUCCUGAAAAUCUUUUAAAACAUGAUAUUAUUUAUUUAUCAUUAAAAAAUGUCCUUCAGGGCGUCAAACAUCCAUUCGCGAACGUGAUUAAAGCCAAUAUUGGAGAUGCCCAUGCCAUGGGACAAGUGCCAAUCACCUUCAUCAGACAAGUUUUGGCCUGCGUGUCGUAUCCCAAGCUCUUGGAGUCGCCCGAUAUUCCAUCGGAUGUGAAACAACGUGCUAAGGGCAUUCUGGCCGGCUGUGGCGGAGGCAGCGCUGGAAGUUACAGUCAGUCGACUGGAGUGGAAGUGAUCCGAAAACAUGUGGCAGAGUUCAUUUCGGCCCGAGAUGGAGGAAUUCCAACCGAUUCGGAGAAUGUUAUCUUGUCCGGAGGAGCGUCGGAGUCAAUUCGGGUAAGAGAAUGCCAUGGAUAAUAUAAUUUUUAACGGGAAAACAAAAAUUAGGAAGCCUAAUGUAAUUUUUUGGGCUUUAAAAUAUAUUAUUUGACCUAAAAAAGGGUCAGAAAGUUUUUUUGGCUUUUUUAUCACCUAAAAUAAGGUGAAGUAAUAUCAAAAACUUUUUUCAGAACCUUCUAAAACUGUUCAUCAACAGAAACAAGAGCAAGAAGUCUGGAAUCAUGAUCCCCAUACCUCAAUAUCCCCUGUAUUCGGCUUCAAUCGAAGAGUUUCAUCUUGGACAAGUAAGGUCUUCAAAAAUUUUUAUCUCUGUCUUUAGAUCGGCUAUUUCCUCGACGAAGAACAUGGCUGGGCGUUGAGUAUCGAGGAGCUGGACCGGUCGCUCAAAGCUCAUCAAGACGAAUACGAUGUGCAAGCGUUGGUCGUGAUUAAUCCAGGGAAUCCCACGGGUCAAGUCUUGUCCAAGGAGAAUAUCCAAGAGAUCCUCAAGUUCGCUUACGAAAAGAAACUGUUUGUGUUUGCGGACGAAGUGUAUCAGGAGAAUGUCUACGGAGAGGGACAGAAGUUCCAUUCGUUCAAAAAGGUCCUUCAUGAACUGGGUGAACCUUAUGCCUCAGGGUGCGUUUAAAAAAAAAACUUUUUUUUUUUUUGAAUUUGGAUUUGGGUGAAAUUGGGGCAAAUUUAGAAUAGAGUAUAAUUAUUUUAAGACCCAGCGACUCAGUUGAAAAAGUGCAUAGUCUUUUUUCCGCGGCGCACAGUGCAUUUUGCCUUUUUUCGCACGGUGCGGAUUUUUCGAACAUCUUGCACUGUGCAUUUCCAUUCAUCGCGCAAAAUCGGUUCAGAAACGUCGCAACGACUCAGUUGAAAAUGGCUUUUGUCCCGCGACAUUUUGCUUGCACAGUGCAAAAUGUCAAAUGCACGGUGCAAAAUGAAGUUUUUUGCACGGUGCGGACCUGCGAUAAAAAGUCUACGCACUUUCGAAAAAGUGUUGUACAACUUUUUAAGACAUGUCCGAGAUUUUUUACUGGUGAUUUGAAAGAACAAUCGAUAUUUGAUAAAAAAAAAUUUUUUUUUGUUUUUUUUCGGUUGACCUAAAAAUCUCGUUUGUUUCUGCAAAUUGCCAGUAAAAAAUGUCGGACAUGUCUUAAAAAGUUGUACUACACUUUUUGGAAAGUGCGUAGACUUUUUAUCUCAGGGCCGCACCGUGCAAAAAACUUUAUUUUGCACCGUGCAUUUGACAUUUUGCACUGUGCAACCGAAAUGUCGCGUGAUGAAAGCCAUUUUCAACUGAGUUGUUGCGACGUUUCGGAAGCGAUUUUGCGCGAUAAAUGGAAAGUGCACAGUGCAAGAUGUUUGAAAAAUCCGCACCGUGCGAAAAAAGGUAAAAUGCACUGUGCGCCGCGGAAAAAAAGACUAUGCACUUUUGAAGCGUAGUAAAUUCAAGUUUGUAAUAUUUUUUUGAAAAGAUAUUUUUAUUGUAUUUGCAAUGUAUUUUUUUCAAAAAAAAUGGAAAAAAUCCGAAAUUUUUUUUCAAUUUAUUUUUCGAUAUUUUAGAGUCGAAUUGGCCUCGUUCUACUCGGUCUCCAAAGGCUACAUGGGCGAAUGCGGAAUGCGCGGAGGAUACGUGGAGUUCGUGAAUCUGGACAAGGAAGUGUAUGUGCAGUUCAAGAAAAUGAUCAGCGCCAAACUCUGCUCGUCCGUCCUGGGACAGGCCGUCAUUGACACUGUUGUGAAUCAUCCCAAGCCAGGAGAACCCUCAUACGAUUUGUGGCUGAAGGUAAGGGGAAUUUGGAUUUGUCGAUUUUCUGGAGUGAAAAAUUGAAGGAAAUCGAAGACUACGGUAAAAAAUUGAAUUUUCAGGAAAAGACGGACGUCCUGGACUCAUUGAAAGAACGCGCCAAAAUGGUGUCGGAAGCGUAUAACUCGAUUGAAGGAGUGAAGUGCAAUGCUGUCACUGGUGCAAUGUAUGCUUUCCCUAACAUUGAGUUGCCCCAAAAAGCAAUCGAAAUGGCUCAUGUAAGUUUUUGAUGAGUUUUUGGAGGGGGGUUGGGUUUAAAAAAAAAUUUUUUUUUUGGUCGAAAAAUCUGGAAAUUUUAUAUAUUUUUUUUUAUCUGAAUUUUUUUUUGGGGUGUUUUUUCUCGGGGUUUCUUUUGUUGAAAAGUAAUUUUAAUCACCAAAACGAGCAUUUUUAUCAAGAAAAAUUGGAAAAUUUUGGAAUUUUCCUAUUUUUUUGACCCAAAAAAUCCCAGUUUUUUUUUUAUUUUUUUUUAACCUUUAGGCUGUCGGCGUCGCCCCCGACUUUUACUACUGCAAACAACUGCUGGAGGAGACGGGAAUCUGCGUGGUUCCCGGCUCCGGCUUCGGCCAACGAGAUGGAACUUGGCACUUCCGCACCACCAUCCUCCCCCAACCCGCCCUCACCAAGGAAAUGCUGGACCGAUUCGCCAAAUUCCAUAAAAAAUUCUUGGCCCACUAUAAAUAG